AGAGAGAGAGAGAGAGAGAGAGAGAGAGAGAGGGACAGAGAGAAUAAGAAAGUGAAUUAAUCCAAAUUGAAAGACAGACAGAUAACCGGCAGGAUUAACAGAAAGAGAAACGAGGGAUGGAAACAUGCAGAGAAAGAGAAGACAGUAAAAGAGGAAGGGUGAUCUGUAGGGGAAGUGAGGCACACAAUCCACAAAGCCACAUCCCCGCAGAGCAGACAGACGAACGGAGGGACGGUAGAGAGACAGGUGGGGCAAACGGCACCAUGGAGGACGCUAUUAGGAAGCAGGGCCUGGUGCUCAUCCAGCAGCAGCGUUUUGGGAAGAGGUGGAAGCGUGUGUGGCUCAUGUUAUUCAUGGAGAGUUCCUGUUCCAUCGCCCGGCUGGAGUACUUUGACUGUAAGGAUGGUGCAGCUGCAGUGCUGGACCGCUGUGACAAGGCCCUGAAGAGACAGCAGGACAGCAAGAAGGUGAUCCGUCUGUCUGACUGUAUCCGAGUGGCGGCGGUGCCGGCAGACGGGUGUCCCAGAGACAAGGGCACCUUCCUGGUGGAGACCACCGACAAGCUGUUCGUCUUCGCCGUGGACGAACAGCACCUGGACGACUGGACCCACACACUCUGUGAGACAGCGUUCCCUUCGAAGAGAUGCAGUCUCCAGAAAAGAGGAAGGAAUGAUAAGGAGGGCAUGGAGGACAACUCACUGUACAGCAGCCGAGAGACACUGCAUGAUUUCAGGGUAUGUGUUCGGAGAACCAAAGCAGCGGAAAGGUGUGGCCUGACGGGCGUGUGCGUGCUGAGGACGGACGCCGCCAGCCUGCACCUGCUGGACCCCAGCUCUCACCAGCUCCUGUUCAGCUGGCCCUACCGCUUCCUGCGCCGCUUCGGUCGGGACAAGACCAGCUUCUCCUUCGAGGCCGGGAGGAGGUGUGAUUCUGGCGAGGGCUCCUUUGAGUUUGACACCCGACAGGGCAACACGCUGUUCCAGGCCCUGGACACCGCCAUCAAGGCCCAUCCCGAGGUGCUGCCCCAAAGGCCCAGCUGUGACGCAGACAACAGCCCAGAUAUCUCCCUACACCGGGCCCUAUAUAACCACCAGCAGCCCGGACAGGGGGGCGACUGUGAGUACAGCGGGUUGGACGACUUUGAGGAGGCCAGAGAAAAAGGAGUGCACAAAAAACUCACCCCGUCGCUGCCUCAUCUCGAGCCCCCUGCUGACAAAAUCUUGACAGGCGUGAAGAGUUUGACUCUGGAGACCCGAGAGAUUCCGAUUCCCCGCAAGAUUCCGGUGAAGCCCAUCCAGAGCUGCCCUCUGCUCUCCAGCAGCCUGGACCUCCCCCAGCCCCCUGACCCUCUCUCGUACCAGCCCCCCUCUCCCGUCCCGCCCCUCCAACCAGACGCAGACAUGACGUACGCUCAGGUGUCCAAAGGCGCCGGGCCGCCCGGAGCGGCGGGCAACGGCCGAGAGAAGAGGAAAGCGAAGGCGCGGGAGGGAGGGAGCGUCUCCCCCUGCCCCCCGGGCCUGAUGCUCCUGCAGGAGCCGGCGUACUCGCUCCCUUUCAACCACGUCGGCCCCCACGUCACGGCGGACCCCGAGGAGAUGUUCGGUCACGUGGCGCAGGCCGACCCGCUCUACGACAUCAUCGACGACUCCCAGAUCAAACACGCGCUGCGGGCCCGGGCGGCGUCCUCCAGGGGCGCCCGGGGCAGGGCGGAGCACAUCUACGACCAGCCGGAGGGGUACGGCGCCGGCGUCGCACCCGGGUUCCCCCCCGCCCCCACCUACGACGAACUGGAGGAGGUGAGGGGCAAUGCCUGGAGGACUAUGGGGAUCGACGUCGAACCCCCGGUUCACGAGCCCCCCUACAGCACCGAGGCCGACAGCUACGCCAUUCCCAAACUCUGGCGGAGGGCACCCGUGCCCCAAGUGGCCGUAAGAGAUGUGGAGGCGGACGAUGUGAAUCCGUACAAGAACGUGAUCGAUGGCGCCGAGUGGGACGGGAGCUGAGGACGUGUGCCUUUGGUUUCUCCUCGUUUUUCUUACUGAAUUAUCUCACUUGAAAAGCAAAAGCAAGUCGUCUUUUGAAUGAAUGAUAUGAAGUUACAUAUCAAGGUUUUGCUUAUGGAUGGCUUGUAACCAGAGACCAUUUUACCAUAAUGCAUUGCAUCCAUACUUUCAAGUGUUUGAUGUGGCUAUAAACUUAUAUUACAGGACAACCAUGCACUCUAUAAUCCGUUUCAAGUUGUCAUUAAAAGUCCUGGCUAUUCUUGAGGUU